GGCGUCGACAGGAGGCGUGUAGAGCUUGCUGACGCCCUGGAACGGCAAUUCGAUUCAUAGCUUUCCGCGACGUGGCUGCGAGAUGGCUGCCAGCGCAGCUCAGGUGAGAGAAGAGGAGCCAAGCGAGGCACGCAGAUCACGGCGUCAGUCGGCUGUGGCGGGCUGUCGUUGAUUGUGUUGUUUGUCAUGCCAAUAUCUCUGCAGACGUCGAUGGCUGCGAUGCGGGAGCAGCUGCUGGCGGGGAUAGAAACCUAUCAGACCAAUCAGGCGAAUGUACCUAACCGACACACUCGCUCGCUCACUCACUCAUUCGGUGCAUCGCUCAUUGCUUGCUUGGUGUUGUUUGUGUGUGACGCUCAGGUCAACAGUUGCAUUGACCGAUUUUCUCAGAUGGACACCGCUGCGGUGUCACCACUGGUGCGGGCAGACUGCCAAGCACACACACACCGCACAAUCACAGCACAAAGGCCUCUGUGUCAUCUGUGCUUCACUCGUUCAUGCAUUCAUUCGUUCACCAGAUGAUGUCCAACGUCAUUUGGCAUCUCGUCGCUGCAUCGGCCCGACUGGCCCAGCUGGCGGACAGCAUGUACUCGACCAUCGCACUCACAACACAUACCUGCACACAGGUGAGAGAGUGACGCAAACACACAGACACACCGACAUGAGACCAGACACACAGCUCCAUGUCUUCCUGUGUGUCAUCAGGCUCAACGGUGGCAUGUGACUGACAUGCCCGCCGAGCCCAUGCGCAUCAUCAUUGCCCUGUCUGACGUCACCACCAUUGCCCGCUUCAGCUCGACAGCACGCCCCAUCACCGCUGCCCUCCGGCCCAUCGUCCGCCGCUUUCGCCUGUCGAAGGCCGUCGAGGUGGCGGGUCUGAGUGGUGUGGUGCGGUUUGACACUCAGCUGGACCACGGCGAUGUGAUGAAGGCCAUGUGGAUGGUGGAGAAGGGGGGUGAGGGCGAGUGGAAAGAGGCGGGCGAGGCACUUAGAUUCGCUGAGCACUGCGGCUAUUGCCAGCUGCCCAUCACUGUGAGCGCUGAAGAUCUGCAGACACACGCCACCAAAGCGGUAAACACGACACACAGAACAGGCAAUGGGUGAGCUGCUGGAUGUGGGUGCGUGUAUGUGUGUGUGUGCAGGACUACUCAUCGCUGCCCCGCUUCUGUGCCCAGUGGAUGGUCGUCGGUCGCCAGGUGGCCCUCCGUCGCCCCACCGGCCAGCAGGACGGCACUCUCCAGCUGUUCCGCCACAACAACGAGAUCCGGAUCAUCCGCAACCAGCCCAACUUCGCCAUCACCACCAACCCGCCCCUCCCCCUCCCCAGCCGCCCCACCCAUCCCUUCUCGCAGCACCCCUUCACCCACCACGCCAAGCCACACGACCCGCCAGUCCGCCACAGCAUCGUGUGGCAGCAUGGUGUGGGCUGGACGGCGGCUGGUGCCAACAACGUUCACGCGUCAGCGAGUUCCAUGUUGAAGAGGCUGCUGCGGGUUCACCGUGUGUUGGCUGUGGGCGGCUUCACCCAGUCGCCAGCAGUGGUGGUGGACCGGUAAGUGGAUGGACGGCACUCAAUGAGAGGGCAAAUCGCUAUGUGGUGCGCUAUUGAUGUGUGUGUCAGGAGUGCGCGUGGUGGCCACCUCGACCGCAUCAUGACUCGAUCGCCACAUACACCCCUCAAUGGAUGCUCGGAAGCGCUGACGUGCGAGGGGGCCAAUGGGCGGUGUGUGCAGCUGCAUGCGUUGACGACGUCGGACGACCCAUUCAUCUCAUGGAUUCCCUUCGGCAUCCCCCCAGGCAACAGCCAGGACGGUACGCAUACACAGUGACAACACAUCCAUGCUGUCGUGUCGUCGGAUCAUCCGCUCCUCUCUUGUCUGCAUGCAGUGCUCGUCAGCAUUCUCACCAGCGAGGCGCCAGCAGCAGGUGUCCCUCAGGACGCGCCCUUCGCACAGCGAUUCCCCUUGACGGCCGCGAAGGCGCGCCGUGUCCUCGGCCCCAUCGCCCCUAUCGUCCUGGACGGCCAGGCACCAUAGUCACACAGGUGGCUGGCUGGAUGGCUUCAAGGAAAGACACACAAGUAGCUGACUGCUUGGCGGGGCGGGGUUAGGCGAGCGGACUGGGUGUCUGUUUGUGUGAGCAUUGUAUCUGUUGGCUGCAUGUCUGCAUGCCAAUAUAUGACAAUGACGAUGGACCCAUCCGUGGAAGCGUGUGUGCGCAGACAGAUGAAUGCGCGCGUGUGUGUGUAUGCGGGAACGAAUUGGUG